GGCAAAGCAUAGAACAUCUGCGUAACUGCAAACCCUCUGAAUUUACUAGCCUGGCAAGUUCCAGACGGGAAAGGUAGGCAGUUGAAUUUGGAGAGCUAGGCAACUUCCAAACUAAGGAGGGGCUUCUUGAUUGUGCUAAGGAGUUUGAAUCACACACUGUAGGUGAUGAGGGACGGUGAGAGGAUUGCAAGCAGCUAAAACUGUGGUAGAAUGUGAGCUGGAAGGAAAUCGAAAGGAAUCCUCAACAAUGAGAGGGUCGCCUUUCCGUCUGCUGGCCCUCCUGCUGCGGCCUGCGGCGGGGUGGGGAGGCGGGUUCCACUACACAGAAGUGUGACACGCAGGGCUGGGCUUCUUCUAGGCUGAAUUCGGGGCAGAUUUUCGCAUUUGUUUUGCUCAGGUAUUUAUGGGACCAAUUAAUAUGUUUAGCAACGUUGUCUGUGGGAGCAGUAGAGGAACUGAGAAGCUCACAAACUGUAAGAGAUCCCCCAAAGAGUCCACAGGUCUGAGGCAGCAGCACCUGGGAAUCUCUGGGCUCCGGUUAGUCCUUCCUGACUUUGACGCGUUACAGCAGUGUCCAGACAGGGAUAUGUCGGGUCCUGUGGCAGGGUUCCCGUCAGGUGGGAUGGUUUAGCCCCCCCCCAUUUGCCUUCAAAGAUCCCGAGAUUAUGCCGUCGCAGCGGCCCGGGCAGGAGUGGGUGCGUGGCAGGGACUGAGUCUAAGAGGCCUAGAGGCCCUGUCUAAAACAAAGCUGUCGCUGGGCCCUCUCUCCUUCAAGCAGCUAUCAUACAGCUAUUCCCCUUCCUUGUUUUCAGACCCUCUUCUCUAACAGCCUGAACCUGCAAGCAGGGGCCUCCGUGGCAGCAGGGACGGUGUCUCUGUCUCGGCCUCCAAAGUACCCCGGAGUCUAAGAGAACUGGGGGGAGGAUGGUGCGGAAGCAGCGCCUGCCUCCAAGGAGGGCCCGGGCGGCGCCUCCCGCCCCUCGGUGACCUUAUGGGCCAAGGCUGUGAAGGGCAGGCGAGGCGACGCGGAGGGGCCGGCCGCUAGUGGUCCGCAGACAGCGCGGCGGCCCCCAGCGGGAGACGCGGCCUGGCGGGCCAGGACUGCGGGGUCGGGCGCCUCCGCGCGGUGCUCUGGGAGUUGUAGGCACUUGCCUCUCCUCUCUCCUUCAGCCACUGGCUCUCGAAAUCCAAGGACCUACCGGUGGGUGGGCGCCUGUGACUCCCAGGCUGCGAACCCUGGGAACUCAGUUUCUUCAGAAAUGCCCGAACCAGGACUGCUCCAAGGGUCCGCGCGCCCUCGCAGAAGGACUACGGGCCCCGGCGACCUCGGGGGCGGGGCUUCCGGCGCGCUGCCUUGUGGGCGCGGUAGUUCGGCCGGGCCUGGCUUCCGCCUGCCGAGCGGCCCGGGACCGCGGGCCGGACUACACUUCCCGUCGGCCCGCCUGCUCUCCCGAUGCCGCCUUGGCGCGAGACGUUGGCAAGCAGAGUGUCUCCAAGAUGGCCGCUUGGGGAAGGAGGCGUCUUGGCCCGGGUAGCAGUGGCGGCAGCGCCCGAGAGAGGGAACCAACAGUGUUUGUAAUGAAGAACAUCAGACUCUGAGCUGUAACCCGAAUUCUUGUCUAAAAUUCAGCACACUGGCAACGAGCACAUCAAACAGAUUGCCACUUGUCCUGUCGGCGUCUUUGAGACACACUUGCCCAUCUAGGAAAGCACAGUGCAGGUAUCUGUGUUCUGCCACCGUGUGCCAGCCCGGACCAGCUCACAGACAGCCCCGCCUGUCUUACUUGGGCUGCUUGGCUUCACUCCCUCAGGGCCCCUGAACCUCCCUGAGCCCUCCGUGAUUGUUGGAAUGGUGAGCUUGUCGGCCACAGACUGCUACAUUGUGCACGAGAUCUACAAUGGGGAGAAUGCCCAAGACCAGUUUGAAUACGAGCUGGAGCAGGCCCUGGAAGCCCAGUACAAGUACAUUGUGAUUGAGCCCACUCGCAUCGGCGACGAGACGGCCCGCUGGAUCACCGUGGGCAACUGCCUGCACAAGACGGCCGUGCUGGCGGGCACCGCCUGCCUCUUCACCCCGUUGGCGCUGCCCUUAGAUUAUUCCCACUACAUCUCCCUGCCCGCUGGUGUGCUGAGCCUGGCCUGCUGCACCCUCUAUGGGAUCUCCUGGCAGUUUGACCCUUGCUGCAAGUACCAAGUGGAGUACGACGCCUAUAAACUGUCGCGCCUGCCUCUGCACACACUCACCUCCUCCACCCCGGUGGUGCUGGUCCGGAAGGACGACCUGCACAGAAAGAGACUGCACAACACGAUAGCACUGGCCGCCCUGGUGUACUGUGUAAAGAAGAUUUACGAACUCUAUGCCGUAUGAUUUCAGUAGAACAGGGAGCGAAGCAAAACCACCCGGCCCACAAGAGACAACAGAGUAUUCAGAUCGCCACACUCUGUGAGGCAGCAGAGCCUGGGCAGGUGUUUGGCUUAAUAUUUGUUAUUUUUAAAAAAUAACAGAUCACGGGUGUACCCAGGGUUUUUCAGCUCAUUACACUAAGAUGUGGAUUUCCAUAACCCAAGAGGGGGGUCUGAGGCUGUGGAAGUCCGACUGGGCAGUGGAAUGCUGAUGGAGGCAGACGCUGCCGAGGGGGUGUGGACGUGCUUUGGGGGAGGUCUUUAAGUCUAUUGUUUAACUGUACCAUCCAGAGCCCACCAGAAGCUAUUGACCAUUAAAAUUAUGAGAAUUUCAA